ACAGGAAACACAUUAACCCCAAUUAUAAAAGGCGGUCCUCCAGGCCUCUUCCUCAGUUUUUUGUGUUUCCUGCCGGAUGGGAAGGAGCACAUUAGGAACGUUUUUUUGUAUAAAGGGCUGAACCUACCUUUUUUUCUUCCCAACAGCACACCUCUGGCCCUAGGGGUAGAGAGUGUAGCUGUACUCACCUCCGCCAGGACUCGGCGAGAGUUGGACCCCGGGUGACGGAGGAGCUCGGUCCCCCAAGCUGCAGCAUCCCCUGGCAGCGGUAAGGCGAGAGACGCCAGCAGACCGCGUGCGGUGGAAGGAUCUUCCGGAUUCGCCAGCGGGAGGCGGGGCUCCUGCGUUCCAAAGAGGGGAAGUGUCGUAUUCCCCGGCGGAAGCGCGUCAUCAGGGGGCGCCCGGAAACGUCGUUCCGGUUUCAAAAAAGGGCGCGGAGGUGCGGUGAGGGAACCCGGCGCUGGUGUGUGUGUUCGGAGCGCUGAACGAGGACACCAAGAACCAUGGAGGCAGCAGUGGCUCAUUUGGAUCCAGGUUCAACAGGCUCCGGUGCCUCUCAGGUAAGCUUGGUGACAGCACAUGGCUUACGCUGGGGGGCGGGGGUCUUACUAGACCCAAAUACCCCCCCUUGGUGGUGAACCUAAUGGUGGAGGGUUGGCACUUUUCUAGGAACCUUCACAGUGGUGAAUAGGGUUUUGGCCAGGUUAUAAUGAGGUCUAUUUUUGUCUGCUUUCUUUAAACAGGUUAAGGUCCAUGACAAAUCUCAGAACCAGCCUCCUAGAAAGAAAUGUGCCGUGUGUGGGACUAAGCUAAGUUCUAAUUGGGAAAAGCCGUUAUGUCCCGAGUGUGUCAAUAGUUUGGUUAAAGAUAAUGCAGUAACCACUUGUCACCAGAUUUUGUCAUCUGUGAAGGAUGAGAUUUCAUCUACCUUUCAGUCCUUUAAAGGUCUGAUUGACAAGAUGCAGGGUCCUCCCUCGUCCCUACCUAGAACCUCUAGUGCUUCUUCUGUUCCUCAGGUUCAGGAGGAAGAAGAAUGUAGGGAGAGGACUCCUAGAUCAGUUGCUUCCUCCCAGGCAGGUUCAGCAUCUGAUUCAGAAGGGGAAGAGGAUUCCUCCAGGGUGUCUAGAUACAAGUUAUCAUUGGACGAUGUUGGGGAUCUUCUAAAUGCUAUUUAUGAGACGUUAGAGAUCCCAGAAGAACAGGUUCAGCUCUCAAAGCAUGACCUUAUGUAUCAAGGAAAUGCUAAUAGAACCAGGGUUUUUCCGGUUCAUAAAUCUUUAAUUGAUACGAUUCUGCGUGAAUGGGAACAACCUGAGAAAAGACCUUUCUUUUCUGGUAGCCUUAAAAGGAGAUUCCCGUUUGAAGCGGAUGUAUCACAUCCCUGGAACAAAGUUCCUAAGCUGGAUGCCCCUUUAGCCAAAGUAUCAAGAAAGACUGAUCUGGCCUUUGACGAUCUGGGUUCCCUUAGGGAUCCAAUGGACAAGAGGGGAGAUUUGUUGUUAAAGAGAGCGUGGGAUGCCUCCUCUAUAGGUUUAAAGCCAGCCCUCGCAGCUACUUGUGUAGCUAGAAAUUUGGAGUGUUGGCUCGCUCAGCUACAAGCACACAUUUUAGCUGGUACCUCCAGACAGGAGCUUCUAAAAUCCUUUCCGCUCUUAAUUAAAGCAGUAGGAUUCCUAGCAGAUGCCUCAGAGGAAUCAGUGAGGUUAGCGGCCAGGUCAGCAGCUCUGGUUAAUGCAGCCAGAAGAUCUGUAUGGCUAAAGACUUGGGCUGGCGAUGCCGCCUCAAAAUUAAAAUUAUGCGGAUUACCGUUUUCAGGAGACCACUUGUUCGGGGCCGGCCUCCAGGAGGCAUUGGAGCGAACUCAAGACAGAAAAAAGGCCUUUCCUGAAAAGAAGAAGAAGACAGAAGGAAAGGGUUUUUUUUCGAGGCUUCAAGGGAUCAGGCUUUUGGCAGAACCAAAAGAAAGAGGGUCAGCCCAAAAAGCAUUGGACAGGUCAGAAGGGUCGUGGAAGAGGAGGAAUCUUGUUCAAUCCUCCUCAAUCCACCCCAAAGGCCCAGUGACGCCUGGGUCCCGGUGGGGGGAAGGUUGGGGCAGUUCCUCCCACAAUGGACCAAGGCAACCUCAAGCCCGUUCAUAUUAGAUCUGAUAAAGUUCGGGUACAAACUGGAGUUAACGUCACUGCCUCACCUAAACUUUAUGGUUACUCAGCCGCCCAGGGACAGGGCAAAGGCAGAAGCCUUGUUCCUGUCUCUGGGAGAGUUAGUGGAUCAAAGAGUCCUAAUUCAGGUCCCCCAGGAGGAGCAGGGACAAGGGGUAUACUCCCAUGUCUUUAUAGUAAAAAAACCAUCGGGAAAAUUCAGGAUGAUCCUGAACCUCCGACCUCUGAACAAAUUUGUGAAGUACAAAAGGUUCAGGAUGGAGUCGAUCUUUACGGUAACAAGAUGUCUGUUCCCAGGGUGUUACAUGGCAACCCUGGAUCUCAGGGACGCUUACCUGCAUAUUCCCAUACACCCAGAUUACCAAAGAUUUCUCAGGGUGGCUGUAAGGGUGGAUGCAAGGAUUCAACAUUUCCAGUUCCAAGCUCUCCCCUUUGGGCUAUCCUCAUCUCCGAGAAUCUUUACGAAGGUUCUAGCAGAGGCCCUUGCCCCUCUAAGAGACAAAGCGAUCACUGUGAUCCCAUAUCUGGACGAUCUGCUGUUCGUUGCAGGAUCAGUUCAACAGCUAGAGAAAGAUCUGCAGAUAGCACAGGAUUUUCUCUCCUCACUCGGAUGGAUUAUCAACCGAGACAAAUCACAGUUGAUCCCAUCCCAGGAGGUCGUGUACCUAGGGUACAGGAUCUCUUCGGUAGAGAAAAAGAUUUAUCUCCCCGAAGAGAAGAUUGCCAAAGUGAAUCAAGCAGUAGCCCUGUUACAGUCCAAUCAGCCGACUUCGGUCAGGGAAGUGAUGAGGGUGCUGGGAUUCAUGACAUCAUGUUUUCCAGCAGUUCCUUGGGCAAGGUUUCACCAACGUCCUUUACAGGAACUUAUGCUUCGUCUCUGGAGUGGUCAAAGCCAGGACUUAGAAGUACCGAUCCUAAUCUCAGACAGAGUAAAAAAGACACUGUGGUGGUGGCGAACACACCACAAUCUGAGCAAAGGUCUAGAUUGGACCUUCCCUGUGGAAAGAAUAGUAACUACAGACGCCAGUGCCUGGGGGUGGGGAGCCCACUUGGAAGAGGAAGUAGCUCAGGGAGCUUGGUCUCCCUCAGAAGCAGGCCGCUCUUCAAACCAAAGGGAGCUCUUGGCGAUCCUAAGGACGAUCGAGUCAUUUCAGAGAAGCAUAGUAGGAAGGCACCUGCAAGUUCGCACAGACAACGCAGCGGCUGUCGCGUACUUGAACAAGCAGGGAGGGACAAGAAGUCCUGCUCUUCAGGAGAUAUCCAGCAGGAUCCUCUCCUGGGCAGAAGCCAACUUGUCUUCGCUAACAGCUGUCCACCUAAAGGGCACUCAGAAUUUUCUGGCAGAUUACUUAAGUCGCCAGCCAUUAAGGCAGGACGAGUGGUCCCUGAACGAGGAGGUGUUCUCUCAGAUAAUACAGAGAUGGGGUCUUCCAGAGGUAGAUCUGUUUGCUUCCGAACAGAACAGGAAAGUAACACAGUUCUUUUCAAUUCACCCAAGAGACCAGGCCUUAAGGAUAGAUGCCUUUUCCGGUCCUUGGAGGUUCAACAUCUGCUACGCUUUCCCUCCAGUGAGGAUGAUUGCAGCAGUACUUCAAAAAUUCCGGACGGAAGAAACAGAUCUAAUUUUAAUCACGCCUUUUUGGCCAAAGAGACCCUGGUUUGCAAUUUUGAAGAAACUGAGUGUUCUCCCCCCAUUUCACCUUCCAGUCCGGAAGGAUUUGAUUUCACAGGGUCCAAUUCUGCACCCACAGGUAGACAGACUAAACCUAACUGCGUGGUUUCUGAGGAACAGUUAUUAAGAGCGCAGGGUUUCUCUGAAAGGGUCAUAAAGACCUUGUUGCAGUGCAGGAAACCAGUAACAAGGGCAAUUUAUGCAAAAUACUGGAAGAGAUUUUGCUCAUGGUUAAAAGAACAGGGUUUGGACCAACCUGGGAUUCCAGCUAUCUUAGACUUCUUGCAAGCUGGCGUGGAAUUAGGGCUCUCCCCUAGCACCUUAAAAGUACAGGUGGCAGCUCUUAGUAUCUUUCUACAGGAUUCCCUACAGCAGAACCCAUUUGUUAAAAGUUUUUUCAAAGCAUUGUCAAGAUCAAAGCCAGCAAGAGUAACAGCCUGUCCUUCUUGGGAUCUUUCUUUGGUGCUUAAGGCACUGUCAGAGAGUCCAUUCGAACCUCUGGAGGAAUCCGUCCUUAAAUGGGUUACACUUAAGACAGUACUUUUGGUAGCAGUCACUUCAGCCAGACGGGUGAGUGAGCUUCAGGCUCUUUCCAUUAAGGAACCAUUUUUGUUGAUUUUUGAGGAUAGAAUUAUUUUGAAAACAGAUCCCAGUUUUCUCCCAAAGGUAGUAUCCAAAUUUCACAGGACACAGGACAUUGUCCUACCUUCUUUUUGUUCCACCUCAAGCUCUGAGGUAGCAUCCCCAAAUUCACUAGAUGUCAGGAGAUGCCUCUUAAUUUAUUUAGAAGCUUCCAAGAUUUUUAGGAAGUCUGAUUCUCUUUUUGUGAAUUUUUCGGGAAGUAAAAAAGGACAAAAAGCGUCUAAAUCUUCCAUUGCUAGAUGGAUCAGGAUGGCAAUAGGAAAGGCUUAUGAGUUACAGGGCAAACAGGCCCCGUUUGUUAAGGCACACUCAACUAGAGCUGUUUCGAGUUCAUGGGCAGAGAGGGCCGGAGCUUCUCCAGAAGAGAUUUGCAAGGCGGCAACGUGGUCAAGUUAUACUACUUUCGCCAAGCACUAUCGCCUGGAUUUGAUGUCUGAGAAGGAUCAGGCAUUUGGCAGAAGGGUCCUCCAAGCAGUAGCCCCACCCUGAUAAUAAUUUUAUGUCUUUCAGAGCCUUCAGGAAUUCUUGGUAAUACUGAGGAAGAGGCCUGGAGGACCGCCUUUUAUAAUUGGGGUUAAUGUGUUUCCUGUCCCGGAGGGAGGAGCUAUAUCUCAUGGCU